CUGUACCCCGCUGCUCCCAGCAGACACUUCUUCCGGGACUCCCGCGCUAGGCACACAGCUCUCGGGCUCUCCUACCCUUGGCGAGCGGAGUCGGGAGACACCUGGGGGAGGGGAGUCCAGGGCAGGGCCGGGCCGGGAAGACGCCUGGGGCACUGCCCGGCGCUAACAAAGGGAGCGGUUGCCGGUCAGCAGGGGCGCGAAGCCGGUGCUGCAGCCGCAGCCCGGGCGGCGGAGAGCGCAGCGCGCAGGGUAGAGCCAACUGUGCAGCGCACUGCAGCAGAGCAGCAGUGAAGUCAUGGAUCCCAGCAGAAAGGAAUCGGCCUCCUGAGCCUGCCUGCGUCCUAGAGCUGGUCUCUGUCCCAGCGCUGAGAUGUUUUUUGAUUAUCCUGAGAAAAAUGAGCCUUGGCCACCAGACCUAAUUGAGCAAACAUCUCUCCCAUGGAGAGUAGUUCUGGUUCCUGAGAGCCUGGAGGGCCUGCAGCCCCAGGAGAACUAGUCCAAAGCAGGCUUGUUUUCCUGCUCAGAACAGAGUGGUUUCCUUGAAUGCAUCUUUCAUUAUGAUUCACACCAACCUGAAGAAAAAAUUCAGCUGCUGUGUGCUGGCCUUUCUCCUGUUUGCUGUCAUCUGUGUGUGGAAGGAGAAGAAGAAAGGAAGCUACUAUGAUUCCCUAAAAUUGCAGACCAAGGAAUUCCAGGUACUGAGGGGUCUGGAGAAGCUGGCCAUGGGGUCUGGUUCCCAGUCUGCAUCUUCAAGCAGCACCCAGGCCCCUCACAGGGGCACCCAGGCCUUCAGCAGUCCCAGGGGCCUAGCCAAGGCCAAACCAGAGGCCUCUUUCCAGGUAUGGAACAAGGACAGCUCUUCCAAAAACCUUAUCCCCCGGCUGCAGAAGAUCUGGAAGAAUUAUCUGAACAUGAACAAGUACAAAGUGUCCUACAAGGGGCCGGGGCCAGGUGUCAAGUUCAGCGCAGAGGACCUGUACUGCCACCUCCGGGACCACGUGAACGUAUCCAUGGUAGAGGCCACAGAUUUUCCCUUCAACACCUCUGAAUGGGAGGGUUACCUGCCCAAGGAGAACAUUAGGACCAAGGCUGGGCCAUGGGGCAGGUGUGCGGUCGUCUCAUCAGCAGGAGCUCUGAAGUCCUCCCAGCUGGGCCGAGAAAUAGAUGAUCAUGACGCAGUCCUGAGGUUUAAUGGGGCGCCCACAGCCAACUUCCAGCAAGAUGUGGGCACAAAAACCACCGUUCGUCUGAUGAACUCUCAGUUGGUCACCACAGAAGUACGCUUCCUCAAAGACAGUUUGUACAAUGAAGGAAUCCUAAUUGUGUGGGACCCGUCUGUUUACCACUCAGAUAUCCCAAAGUGGUACCAGAAUCCCGACUACAGUUUUUUUGCCAACUACAAGAGCUAUCGUAAGCUGCAUCCUGGUCAGCCCUUUUAUAUUCUCAAGCCCCAGAUGCCUUGGGAGCUGUGGGAUAUCAUUCAGAAAAUCUCCCCAGAGAAGAUUCAGCCAAACCCACCAUCCUCUGGGAUGCUUGGCAUCAUCGUCAUGAUGACGCUGUGUGACCAGGUGGAUAUUUACGAGUUCCUCCCUUCCAAGCGCAAGACUGACGUGUGCUACUACUACCAGAAGUUCUUUGACAGUGCCUGCACUAUGGGCGCCUACCACCCGCUCCUCUUUGAGAAGAAUCUGGUGAAGCACCUCAACCAGGGUACAGAUGAGGAAAUCUACCUGCUAGGAAAAGCCACGCUAUCUGGAUUCCGGAAGCUUCGCUGCUGAGCAGGGGCUCCAGCCAGGUCCCCUCACCCUUCUUCACUGAGCAUAUUACAGCCUGUCUCUUGGCCACAGGCCUGGGAAGACCAUGUUCCUAAACUGUCAGAGCCUGUGCUCUAGGCCUGUCAUCAAGAGCCAGAGGACUUCAGGAACCUGAGGGCAAAAACCAGGUGCAGCCUGCCCUGUGGCCACUGAGGUGUGAGAGCCCAAAGCCCCCCACCACUUAACAUUCUUUGUAGGCAAAGUUCUUCCUUCCUUCCACACAGGUAAAUGCAAAAUCCAUCUUGCCACCAAGGCUACUAAAGCUGGGUGUUUUCCCCACCUGAAUGAUGUGAUUCUUGCAAACCAGCACUCUGUGUUGCUUGAAAUCUCUGCCUAGGCAUUGAUUUCGUGUCUUAAAGUUCUCCCAAAUUAUGACUAUGCUCAGAAUAGGGCGACUCUGGGGAGCAAGUAAAUGGUGCAGGGCAUGGGGAACAUGCUUGGUUCCUCCAGAGCAAAGUUGCUCCCGAGGCACAUGUGCCUGGGAGAGGCAGUGUUCCUAUCACUCCGGCUGGUUUGGCUGGUCCUUAGCCUGGGUGCUUAUGGACAACGUCUCUCGAUGAACUCAUAAACCCUCUCCAGAUGGAGAUGAGAGGCACAGAAAGGCACAGGGCCCCGAAGUUGCUCCCAGUUCAGUGGGAGAGAUGGCCAGGUAGGAUUCAGUGAGCUCAGUGCACCUGUAGAGAGGUGGGCUUCCAGUGCUGCCUGCACACGCAGUAGGGCCACCCACUGGCCGUGUUUGUGGGUCACCCAGGGCUUCACAGAGCUGGGGCCAUAGAGUGGAUUUUAGAGGAAGAGGAGAAACAUGUCAGGCAGAUUUUGUCUGAGUCAUUUGUGUUUUCCCUUCUGCUUUUUAUUGCCCAUAUUUAUUCUCUAAGGUCUGCCUGAACUUAGAGGCUCAAAUUAUUUUUGAGGAAAACCUCUACCCAUGUCUGAGGCAGACACCAGGCAAGCUACAUUCCAAAACACUGAUUUCUCUAAGCUCAGCCUGGCCUGACCCUAUGCUACCAGCUGGAUUUACACCCUGUAUCCACCUCUUCCUUGUUAAUGCCCAUCCCAAACUUCUUCUAACUGCCAUCUUGUUUUCUCCCUUUAAAGUAGUCUUCUCCCUCCCAAAUUACUUUUAAUCAUUCUCUACUGUAAACAUUUCCUGACUUGAUUCUUUGACCUUCAUAGGCCUUCUGUGGAAGUUCUUUCAGGGAGUGGGGUGUGGUUGCCUAGAACUUAAGUCACUUUCAGAGGUCAGAACCUUAGGGAUCAUAACUGACUCUCACAGGUGUAUCCAAUUGCCAUGCCCUCCACCCUGUCCAGUAAGAUAGCAAUGUCAGAGUCUCCAGGAAGAGGUCCUCCCACUGGGGUCUGCAAACGUGCUUCCCAGAUAGUUUCGCUAAUCCCCUCCCCCUGCUAGAGAACCACACUCAACUGGUCCAGCUCCUGAUGUUGAGAAGGUAAAGAAUUGCUUAGGAUUGCAAAGUCAGCUGUAGAGCUCGGUUUUUUAGACUCAGGCUCCUGGAUGCCUGAAGCUGGCCUCAUGCGCUCAAGAGCCUCUGGUGUGGAGCUCCAGACCAGCCCCCUGGGAGCUGGAGUACUCAUUUACUGUCAAACCAUUGGCUUAUAUAGGCAAUGCUGGAGUGAGAAGCCCUGGGUUUUUUAAUUGAUGCUUCCCUAUUUACUAGCUAUGCCACCAUGGCACAUUCUCCUCUCUGAGCCUCUAUUUCCACAACUGCAAAUGGGGGUGAUGAGCCUACCUCAUAGGGCUAUCGUAAGGCAUUCAUGAAACACCUGUCCCGGCUCUGUCUGGCACAAAGCAAGGGCUCAAUACACAGUGGUUUCCUUCCUUCCUUAAUCAAGGACCUGCUCUGUGCUCACAGCUGGGCAGGAAGGACCCUGCUUUGCUGGAGGCUAGAGAGUGGAUCCUGUCCUCAGGGAAUUAGCUGUUCUAUUGGGAGACAACAGCUAUCCUGCCUGCAACACCCAGGAGACCACGCGAGGCAAUGGAAGGUGCAGACUGUGUUCCUCCACCUCCUCCCUUUCUGCAGUCCAGGCCUGAUUCUGCUCGGGAAUGGGCAGGGCACUUGGGCUGCUUACUGCUGUGUGGAAUGAAUCUUUUCACCUCUCUGGAUCUGUGAAUUCUUGGCUUGCUUUAUGCUCUGAUUUGACACUCUCACUGCAAUCUUCGAAUCAUGAACACUGAGAGCAGAGGAACGUGGCAUUCCGUCAGCGGGAGAUAGAUGUGGGUGCAGACUGAGAUGA